AUGAAAUUGUAUCAGGCUUUGGCAUAUCCUCGAUUUGAACAGCCUCGUCAGGUUCCAGAGGAAGAGGAGCUCGAAAGCGAAAUCGAUCAUGUAGAAGAAAGCGUGCAUGCAUUAAAGGAAAGGCAGGAAUCUGCAAUCCAAACUGAGAAACUCGCCGAGAGUUUCCAAGAGGCCAGGCGCCGCCGCAAAGAACAGCAGGAAAAGAAGAAUGCAGCAGCUGUAGCGGCUGCAGCGGGAGCUUCUGCUGCUGCGAAGAAGCAUCCUGUGCAGUUACCUGCGGCAGAGAGGCCUCGCACUGAAAACAAACCCAUUGAAUGUCUGCCAGAAUCCGAAGCAAAAAUCGCGGAAGUUCCGCCCGAGGAGGUGUUAGAGGCCGAACGGACGCCUGAAGCAGCGCCCAAAGGCGAAAUAGAAAUAUUGGCACCAGCCGAGCAUGCACCAGCAGAGGCCGAAAUCCCGAGCGUCAUAUCUCCCCAGCCCGUGAAGGUAGCGACACAGGAAGAAGUUCAAAGAGAUGUGCUCGCCGCUGAGGCCGAGGUGAGCCAGGUGGAGAACCAGCAACAAGAAGAAACAGACAAAGAGAUCAAGGAGGAGAUGCAGCAGCUGCUGGAGGAGCACGAACACGCCCAUGCGGCAGCUGCUGCAGCUUCUGCUGAACAGGAAGCAGCAGCAGAAAAAGCAGCAACCAGCGCAUUAGAAGCUGAACGAGAGGUCCAGGAGGCCACGUCAACUACAGGCGCACAGCAAAGCUCAGCCGGCUCGCACACCGAAGGCCAGGAAGCCGCUGCAGCAACAAACACAGAACGCGCAGCUACGGCGGCCCCCAAGCACGGCACCACCAAUAAGUCAGGUGCAGCAGAAGGGGCAGAUGUAGCGGCAACCCCAGUAGAAGCUGACGACGAAAAUGAGACAGAAGAAGAAGAGGAGGGUGACACAACAGAACAGGACGAGCGGGACUCUAUUAGAAACGCAAAGGAGAACGAAGCAAACCAUCAAAGGCAUGCAGACAAGAAUAAACCCAAAGGAGAUGCAGCAAAAAGCAGGGAGAGGGAAAACGCUGAGAGAACAGUCGGCGGUGCAGUUCAACAGGGACGCAAACCCCCGGUUUAG